UGUCCUAUGGCUUUGCUACUGUAGUGCCCUGAUACAAUAGGUGUAGUGCACCUAUGAACAGGACAAAAUCGACUCCGCUGUCGUGUCUCGAUAUCUUACGAGGGUGUAUGGUCGUUUACAUACUUGUUGUUAAUCCACAAAGACACCUGUGUACCUGCUGGCCACAAACUUGACAUUUAACAUAAUUAAAUUCCAAAACAAUCAGGUCUUGGAUGGUCUUCUUCUCUCAAGCAUCAUUUGAUUUCCGGUUACCCAAAUCAGCUUGGGUUUCUCGGGCAUCGUUGUGAUUCAAAUUAUCAUACACACAAUCCCCCACAAACUUGAGUAGGUAGUCAAGAAUAUCAUAUCAUAUACUCUCAAGAAUCAUUAAUCAUGGUUGCAAACAAGAAACGUUUGUACCUCGCCAUCUACCCCUCGGGGCGAGAGAACGAGAAAUAUGCGUUCGCUCUUCUCGUUGGCCCCAAAGAAGAGGGCAAUGAAAAGGCGCCCGGAACGCGAUACUUCAUCCAGCACCACCAUACUGAAGGAUGGCGCUACAAGACAAUCCCUGACGACGACAUCCGCGUCGGCGUGACUCUCCUCGCCCGCAUUGUCAUUGCCAAGGUCACAGACGAGGUCAAUCUCAUCGACAUCUUCAAGAUCACUGCCAUUAAUUACAGUGAGCAACACACCAGCUCUCGCUCGUGGGUCAUCAACGUCUUGCUGUACCUCGCGGAGAUGAACAGCAAGGUCGUCGGCACCGCCAAGCUGAGCUGGCCCGCAGUCCAGGCCAAGGCUUUGGAAUAUGUCCAGCAGAAGCAUGCCGAGGGAAGAUACGGAUCGGGACAGGAUAUGACCUUGCCGAAGCCUACAUUUGACUUGCUCCAGAACAAGGAGCUCAUCGCUUGAAUGACAUUGGGGAUGGUUGAUGAACUCUAGAUUGCAAAUGCAGAAGCUUCAGGUGGAAUUGAGAUGGGAUUAUAAGUCGUACUACAAGC